AGCAGAGUCACAGAGGAGCUUGACCUCAAGAGAAAGAUCCAAGUUCUAGAAGCCUCCUUGGAAGACCACGUGAAAAUGAAGCAGCAGGCUUUGACGGAGUUUGAAGCCUACAAGCACAGGGUCGAGGACACGCAGCUCUGUGCAGAAGCCCAGCACGUCCAGCGCAUAGUGACCAUGUCCAGAGAGGUUGAGGAGAUCAGAAGGAAAUUUGAAGAAAGGUUACGGGCCUUUGCGCAACUCCAGGUGCAGUUCGAGACGGACAAACGGCUGGCCCUGGACGAUCUGCGCGCCGCUCACCGCCGGGAGAUGCAGGAGCUGCUGAAAUCGCAGCAGGAUCACAGUGCCUCCAUGAGCAAAGGGCAGGAGAAGGCGGAGGAGCUGCACAGGAGGGAGGUGGAGGCCUUAAACCGAAGCCUGGAGGAGCUCAGGCUUGAGAAGAGAAAGCUGGUGGAGGAGUACGAAGGCAAGCUGAAUAAAGCACAGUGCUUUUAUGAGCGUGAGCUGGACACUUUGAAAAGGUCACAGCUUUUCACAGCAGAAAGCCUGCAGGCCAGCAAAGAAAAGGAAGCUGAUCUUCGAAAAGAAUUUCAGGGACAGGAAGCAAUUUUACGGAAAACCAUAGGAAAAUUAAAGACAGAGUUGCAGAGGGUGCAGGACGAAGCCAGCAGCCUUCUUGACAAAUGCCAGAGGCUUCAGACAGCACUUGCCACAGCAGAGAACAACGCUCAGGUACUUCAGAAACAGCUUGAUGAUGCCAAAGAGGGAGAAGCGGCCUUACUAAGCAAGCACAAGCAAGUGGAAAGUCUUAUCGGAAUCCUUCAAGCAACUCAAAUGACCCAGGAAGUUACAAUUAAAGACUUAGAAUCAGAAAAAUCAAGGGCCCAUGAGAGACUGUCUCAGCUUGAAGAGGAGAGAGCUUUCUUGCAGAGCAGAACGCAGAGUCUGGAUGAAGAGCAGAAGCUGCAGACUCUGCAGCUGGAGAAGAAAGUAAACGAAGCAAAGAGAGCUCAGCAAGAACAUUAUGAAGUGGAGCUUCAAGCCCUGCAGAACAGAUUGGAAGGGGAGGUGACCCGGCUCACGGAAGCCCACUCUCGGGCCCUGGAGGAACUGGCCGGGAAGCACCGUGCGGCGGUGGAGGCUGUGCACAGCGGUGCGGCCCGAGACACAGAAGCUCUGCGAGUGGAACUGGAAGAGCAGCAUAAAAAGGAGAAGCUGGCCCUGGAAGAGGAUAAGAAUCAGCUUCAGCGGGAGCUGGAAGACCAGAAGGAGGCGCUGGAAGCCAAGCUGAGCACGGCCACUCAGGAGGUCAGCCGCCUCCAGGACCUGGUGCGGAAGAGCGAGCAGGGCCUGGGCUCGGCCGAGGGCCUCAUCGCCAGUCUCCAGGACUCCCAGGAGAGGCUGCAGAGCGAGCUGGAAGCCACCAAAGAGAGGCUCAGGGAGACCCGGGAGGCGCUGUCCAGUGUGGAGGCUGAGCUGGAGCGAGAGAGGCACCAGCAUGAGGAAGCCCUCACUGCCAUGAAGGCGGAGGAGAAGCUGAGAGUGCACAGAGUGGCCCAUGACCUGGAGCUGAAGUGGACUGAGAAGCUCAGCCAGGAGUGCUCUAAACUCCGCAAGGAGCUGUCGCUGCAGCAUGAAGAGCACAAGAAGUCAGCAGUGUCGCAGCUGCUGCAGCUGAAAGAGCGCGAGAAAAACGCUGCCCGGGACUCGUGGCAGAGGAGAGUGGAGGACCUCCUGAACCAGAUUUCCUUGCUGAAGCAGAGCCUGGAGGUGCAGCUGUCGCAGUCCCAGACCUCCUUGCAGCAGCUGCAAGCCCAGUUCGCCCAGGAGCGCCAGCGACUCACACAGGAGCUGGAGGAGCUGGAGGAGCAGCACCAGCAGAGGCACAAGUCCCUGAAGGAGGCGCACGUCCUCGCCUGUCAGACCAUGGAGGAGGAGAAGGAGCAGGAACAGAGAGCCCUGGAAGCCCGCCUACAGCAGAAGCACGCUGCAGAGCUGCAGGCCCUGAAAGAUGCACACCGCGAGUCCUUGGAGGGCUUCCGGGCGGAGAUGGAGCAGGAGCUGCAGACUCUGCGCUUUGAGCUGGAAGACGAAGGGAAGGCCAUGCUUGCUUCCUUGCGCUCAGAACUUAACCAGCAGCACGCGGCUGCUGUCGACUUGUUGCAGCAUAACCACCACCAGGAGCUGGCAGCUGCUCAGAGGGAGCUGGAGAGGAGCGCCGACGCCGGCAGAAGACAGAGUCAGGAGCACCAGUGCAGGAUAACGGACCUGCAGGGGGAGCUGCGUCUCAGAGAGCGCCACAUCUCGGACCUGGGCGAGGAGCUACAGCACCUGCGCGAGAACAUCGGCGCGCUCACCGCAGAGCUGGAGCUCAAGGGGAAAGAGAUCCUGAGGAUACGCAGCGAGUCCAACCAGCAGAUGAGGUUGCAUGAACAAGAUUUAAACAAGAGACUUGAAAAAGAGCUGGAUGUCAUGACAGCAGACCACCUCAGAGAGAAAAAUAUCAUGCGGGCAGAUUUUAAUAGGACUAAUGACCUCCUCAAGGAGAUAAAUGCAGCUUUACAAGUGUCAUUAGAAGAAAUGGAAGAAAAAUACCUCAAGAGAGAAUCAAAGCCCGAAGAUAUACAGAUGAUUGCAGAAUUAAAAACUAUGCUUACAGAAAGAGACCAGGUCAUAAAGAAACUAAUCGAGGAUAAUAAAUUUUAUCAACUGGAAUUAAUCAAUCGUGAAACUAACUUCAACAAAGUGUUUAAUUCAAGUCCCACUGUUGGUGUUAUUAAUCCACUGGCCAAGGCAAGAGCCGCCUCCCUCUGACAGAGGACUAAAGUUCACGGAGCUUUCUCACAAUUGCGAUUAACUUUCCUCCUCCCCUCGCCUUUAGCCCGUACCAGUUUACCCUCAUGGUAGACACCGCCAGGACCACUCUUUCCCAUCCCCUGGUCCUCUGGGUCCUCUCUGCCCCUUGGAAGGCCUGCCACCCCCUCCACCCUCCCUGGAUGGCACGGAGGCUAGACGGGGUUGUGCGUGAAGCCCCACACAGUCACCCCUCGUUCUCUCCCAGAUGGUGUCUGUCUCUGAGGACUCUAUGUAGAUCCACCUCCAAGGACCCCCAGACACACUUGGGUGAACACUGGUAUCUCUAACAUCCUCGUUUAACACAAAGCUUCCAAAAUUUUCCAUGCCAAAUUUGAUCUUCGCUAUUCCUGUUUACUCGCCUGUCCUUAUGCAGCAAUUGUCCUCACAUAUAUUAUUUUUAAUGCAGCAAAAGAAGAAGAACGAUAAAUCACCAACAAACAGGUUUGUGAGUGUUCCCAAUCUAAGUGCUCUGGAAUCCGGCGGAG